AACCAGCCGCGCUUGGCUCAAAAUAAAAACGAACGCCUCCUCUUCUCGCCAGCCCCUCUCUCUAGUCUCUACUAUUCAGCCAGACCAUCCACAACUCUCACUAUUUCCCUGCAGAACUCCUCCUUUCCUGAGAGAGAAAGAACGAGAUAUUUUUUAGAGAGAGAAAGUAAUGGAUGCGUACGCGCUGCAUCUAGCGAUGGCGGCUCUAGUAGGAGCAUCAUUUGUGGCAGUAUCCGCUUAUUAUAUGCACCGCAAAACCCUAACUCAACUCCUCGAGUUCGCCAAGACGGUAGAGAGAGAACGAGAAAGAGACGACAACUCCGACGGCGGAGGAUCGUCGCCGCAGAAUUUGAAAAAGCGUAGGAGUCACGGACGGAGGAAAGGGAGUAACGGUCACUACGACACCCGUGGCUCAGCUUCGUUACCGGAUGUGACGGCAAUUUCUGGUGGUGGAAUUGAUGGAGAGGAGAAACGUAACGGUCAGGUGCUUUAUGUCGAAGGGAUUCCGGCUGGAUUGCCUAGGCUUCAUACUUUGCUUGAAGGGAAAUCUGCUGGACAUGUCAAGAGACUUGGAAGUUUUAUCAGACCAACUUCUCCAAAGUCUCCUGGUGCCAGUGCGAGUGCCUUUGACAGCGUGGAAGGAUCAGAUGAUGGAGAUAAUAUGACUGGCAAUUCUAAACUAGACACUACAUAUCUGCAUAUCAAUGGAAAUGCUGAUAUAAAGGAUGUUUUACCACAACACAUUAAUGCAAAUGGAGACCAAAUGCCUAUACCUGCUUCAAGCAUGAUUCGAUCCCAUAGCGUGUCUGGUGACCUGCAUGGUGUUCAGCCAGAUCCUUUUGCAGCUGAUAUUCUAAGGAAAGAGCCAGAACAAGAAACUUUUGCUCGACUUAAAAUUUCUCCUAUGGCAGAGGUGCCAUCACCAGAUGAAGUGGAUUCCUAUAUAGUUCUUCAAGAAUGCCUUGAAAUGCGAAAAAGAUAUGUAUUCAAGGAAGCUAUUGCUCCAUGGGAGAAAGAAAUUAUUUCUGACCCUAGUACACCAAAGCCUAAUCCUGACCCGUUCUCCUAUACCCCAGAGGGAAAAUCUGAUCAUUAUUUUGAGAUGCAAGAUGGGGUCAUCCAUGUCUAUCCAAAUAAAGAUUCUAAGGAAGAACUUUUUCCUGUUGCUGAUGCAACAAUGUUUUUCACUGAUUUGCAUCACAUACUUCGAGUUAUUGCGAUUGGAAAUAUCAGGACUCUAUGUCAUCAUCGGCUGAAUCUCCUAGAACAAAAAUUCAACCUUCAUCUGAUGCUUAAUGCGGAUAGAGAGUUUCUCGCUCAGAAAAGUGCUCCACAUCGUGACUUCUAUAAUGUCAGGAAAGUUGAUACACAUGUUCAUCAUUCUGCGUGCAUGAACCAGAAACAUCUUUUAAGGUUUAUAAAGUCAAAAUUGAGGAAAGAGCCUGACGAGGUUGUGAUUUUUCGAGAUGGAACAUACUUGACAUUGAAAGAAGUGUUUGAGAGUUUGGAUUUGACUGGGCAAGGAACUUUUAUUGCUGUUCUCAUUUUUAUAUUGUUGUAUAGAGAAUGGUGGUAUCUUAUCGACAUUUGUUUGCACAGGUAUGAUCUCAAUGUUGACCUUUUAGAUGUUCACGCGGACAAGAGCACGUUUCAUCGCUUUGAUAAGUUCAACCUGAAGUACAAUCCUUGUGGUCAGAGUAGGCUCAGGGAGAUUUUCCUUAAACAAGAUAACCUUAUCCAAGGCCGUUUCCUUGGUGAACUGACAAAACAAGUCUUUUCUGAUCUUGUUGCUAGUAAAUAUCAGAUGGCUGAAUAUAGAAUAUCAAUAUAUGGUAGAAAGCAAAGUGAAUGGGACCAAUUGGCUAGUUGGAUAGUGAAUAAUGAAUUGUACAGCGAAAAUGUUGUUUGGUUAAUCCAGCUUCCAAGACUGUAUAAUAUCUACAAGGAAAUGGGGAUUGUGACAUCAUUUCAGAAUAUUCUUGAUAAUAUCUUUAUGCCGCUUUUCGAGGUUACAGUUGAUCCAGAUUCGCAUCCUCAGCUGCAUGUUUUCUUAAAACAGGUUGUUGGGUUGGACUUGGUUGAUGAUGAAAGCAAACCUGAAAGACGCCCGACGAAGCACAUGCCUACACCAGCGCAAUGGACCAAUGUGUUCAAUCCUGCGUUUUCAUAUUAUGUUUAUUACUGUUAUGCCAACCUCUACACAUUAAACAAGCUUCGUGAGUCAAAGGGCAUGACAACUAUCAAAUUCCGUCCCCAUUCUGGAGAGGCUGGUGAUAUUGAUCAUCUUGCUGCCACAUUUCUUACAUGUCAUAAUAUCGCCCAUGGGAUCAAUUUGAGGAAAUCUCCAGUACUUCAAUAUUUGUAUUAUCUGGCACAGAUUGGCUUGGCUAUGUCUCCUCUGAGCAACAAUUCCUUAUUUUUAGACUACCAUAGGAACCCUUUCCCUAUGUUUUUCUUAAGGGGUCUCAAUGUUUCCCUUUCAACCGAUGAUCCGCUCCAAAUCCAUUUAACAAAAGAGCCCUUGGUGGAAGAAUAUAGCAUAGCUGCUUCUGUGUGGAAGUUGAGUUCAUGCGAUCUGUGUGAGAUUGCCCGAAAUUCAGUCUACCAAUCAGGUUUCUCGCAUGCUUUGAAGUCGCACUGGAUUGGUAAAGAGUACUACAAGAGAGGACCAGAUGGAAAUGAUAUUCACAAGACAAAUGUGCCUCAUAUCCGGGUGGAAUUUCGAGACACGAUAUGGAGAGAUGAGAUGCGGCAGGUUUAUCUUGGCAAGGCCAUUAUCCCCAAAGAAGUGGACAAGUAAAUAGUGGAGAGCUGCCUUAGCCCAUUCUUACGUGCUUGCUUACUUAAAUUACAAAGUGGGUCAACAGAAUUCUGCUUGCUCAUUAAACAUGAGAUAAGCUGUAUACUAUGAUCGUUGCAUUUGAGAUGAUCAUUCACAGCCUCCAUAAAAAAAAGGGAAUGGCUUUGUGCAGAGCAACGAAGCUAACAGAUGCUUACAAGGUUUGAGAACGAGGGCUAUGCAAAUGAUGCAGUUGUUGACUUGGUGGUCUGCUGUUAUCAAUAAGAUGCCAAUCUUGAGCCAAAACAAAUAUAUUAGGUAGAGGUUUAAGAAUAAAAUUAUGAGGCAUAGUAAGAGUUUUGUAUGGUUCACUCGUUGCAAUGUCAGAUGAUAGUGUAGCCAAUAGCAAGAAGGAAAAGGAUAGUCUCUUGCUUUAAUUUUGUUUCUAGAUGAAUGCCCCCUCAAAUUUUGGUUGAGUUUCAUGCCAUGCAGAUGCUUAUCAUGAAUUUGCCCAGCGGCGUGUAACCCAAAAUUCUCUGGUAAGUUAAGUUCUCUUUUUUCACCGGGUAUAA